AAUCAACAAGUUAUUUCUAUACGGGGAUCGAUUCUACAAAACUAAGUAAUUAAGAACGCUAAAUGGUUUUGUUAUUGCAGAUUGAGAAUAGAUUGUAUUGAACACCCAGAGUCAGACGGAGAUAAAGUGAACAAGACAAAUGGUUUGAGGUUGAGCCUUGGAAAUACUGAUGAUAAUGACGUUGUUCACAUGAAAGGGACGGCAGAAUAAUUACUACUUCGCUACUUGAUGUUUGCAUAGAUGAAAGAAGAUACCUUUCAAUAACAGUUAUCAUACACGAGAUGUGAAAGUAUUUAAAUGCUAGCCACACGAAAUUUCUUCUCAAUAUCAAGUAAGUGUAUCGCUACUUCGAAUAUUAUGACUUCGAAACAAUCGUGUCUGUUUUAAGACGGUUGGAUCAUGGAGAACAAAAACAAUGAAAGAAAUUGUGAAUUCUCAUCAACGUGACCUUCAACGAUACGCAGUGGAUUUGAACAAAGCCUCACAAUUGUGAAUUCUCGAAACAGAGCAGUUAGACUUAAUUAUUUGAACAUUCCGCCUGAAGAAUCAAAAUAAAUCGUACUUUUCUUGGUUAAGACUACCAAACAUUAUUCAUUAGCUGCACCGUGACGUGAUUCAAAUGAAUUAAAAAGAUGACAAUUUUACUGUUCAGAACAGGAUAAGAACUGGAUUGAAAACGUUAAUUAUCCAACGAACCAGUUUGGAAAAUAAACCACAAAUUAAAAACGUUUGGAGAAAUAAAGUAAUGAAAAGAUAUAAUGGAAUCGUACCAGCAAAACGGAACUGUUACGGAAAGCACGUCAAUCUUGAACAUUAACAUGACUGAAAGUCCUAUUAAUACAACAGGUGAUGAGUCUAGAACUUCUAAUUAUGACCCCUGUAACGACUUUGAUUUGAUUAUCUAUACUAUAUUAAUCGGGAUUAUCUCAGUGAUCGGACUAACAGGGAAUACCCUAUCAAUAAUCGUUCUGGAGAAGGAGAGGAAUAAAUCUACGACGUCUUUGCUGCUCCAAUCAUUGGCGGUGUCGGACAAUUCAUUGCUUAUUCUGUCCUUAUUAGCGUUUACCAUUCCACAGGCCUAUCUUUACACCGGAAAUGUGGAAACUUGGAAAAGGAUUAUGUACAUUUUGGAGAGAUAUAUCGCUCCCCUACUUCAGAUGCCACAUAUUGCUUCAGUGGGCUUAACCGUAGUGGUAACUAUAAAUCGUUACAUCGCCCUUUGUAGGCCGCUUACAUCAAUGAGAUGGGAGACGCACUUCAGAGUCCGCCUCCAGAUAACGGCUGUUGUACUGUUCUCCAUUCUGUAUAAUGUCCCGCGAUUCUUUGAUUUUUAUGUCAUUGGCUAUGAGAGCAAUAACAAGACGAUGCCAUUAAUACUGGGGUACGACAAAACGUAUAACAUCGCAUACAGGACGAUAUCCUAUAUCUUGGUAAUGUACACAGUGCCUUUGUUAACCCUGGCUAUUCUUAAUACGAAACUAAUAAUCGAACUUAAGAAAGCUGCAAAAGAACGAGUUAGAAUCUCCACAUGUUCCCGAAGCAUGCGACGCAAUGAACAGGUGGCGGGGCAUCAACAUGACGUCACACUCAUCCUAAUCGUUGUCGUUAUAGUCUUUAUAGUUUGCCAGACACCUUGCUUUGUCAACCAGUUCCUGUGGCUGUUUCGCGACCCUCCUAGAUGCGGCGAGGUCCACUAUUACUAUACCCGCACAAGUGACAUGCUCGCCAUACUCAACUCGUCUGUCAACUUUUUCGUCUAUUGUCUUUUUGGCAAAAAAUUUCGUCAGACUUUGGCAAACACAUUUGAAUGUCGGAGAAAGUCGCGAAGACUUGUACUUUCAUUUAAAAGCAUGAACGGAUCGGGUAGAUAUAACACGAAUGGAUUUUCUUCACCAAAUACAACAGUAACGACAAAUACUGAAAAUGUUACGAUGUAUGUUUCUCCCGAUGACCAUUUUCCACAAGAAGUUGGUGAUGCGUAGAUUAAAUUGAACCCCUAGAGUGACCUGAGUGACCACACAUCUCUGAAUUCUGAUCGCAUUUUGGAUCUUUACUACUUAUUUGAAGAAAUUCCUGUAACACAAUGUGGUCUGGUACCAAUGAGGUUAAGUCAAAACCCGUUCCUUCAUCCACCUUGACAUUAUUUUUGAUGUUUUGGAGAGAGAAAGCGAUUGGAUCCAUCAAUAUACACACAUACUGUAAAGCGGAGAGAUAAAUCGAAUUUUCCUAAGCGCAGAUAUGGCCAAUUUAAUUAAUGACGGACAUACAUUUUAUGAAUACGUGGAAUAUGAUAGGAAACAAGUUCAGGAAAUGUUGGCAGCAAGAAAAAAGGACCAACUGGUCACGUGGCGCAAUAAUCUUGGUGGCCAAGUGUCAUGAUCAGUACCUAUCAAAUAUUGGCAUCAAAAGAAAUGGACCAACUGGCCAUGUGGCGCAAUGAUUUAAUAAUGGGCGACUUGUAAUAUAAGUGUCAGGAGGUAUUAAUCGACAAUAUCAUGUUUAUGUUUAUUAAUGAAAUGACCCCGGGGAAAUGUCAUGUUGGAGCUGAUAAUAUUAGAUACUUCACAAUGGACCACGCAUAUCGAUUCAAAAUUGAUGAAAAAAGGUUAACUUUUUUCAGUUUCUUACUCUGGCCAUUGGUUGAGUCAAGAAACAAGUUCAUGAUUUUGUGACAUGGGCGCAAUUAGGCCAAGAUAUAUCGACAAAACAAAACAAACAUCGAAAUUUGAGGACUGGGCCCUUCGCUAAAACAGAGACAUAUAAUUCAGGUAUAUGUCACUGGCUGAAAGAAUCCCAGGGACUGGGUGACUGAAUAACGAUCCUCGUUAAAGGCCCACUAUACUUAAUUUAGAAGAAAAAAGAAAAAACUUAUCAUUGAAACAUAUUACUCACACACUCGCUCAAAUAUGAAACAAAGUUUGAUUUGUUUUAAUAUUGAACCAAGAAAAAAAUAACUCACAAAGAAAAAACCUUUUGAAGUUCAGAGAUCAUUAGAUAUGCAUGCACAUGCUAAACAAAGUGCAUGUUUUUAAUUACUUUUGAUUCAAAAGAUGGCGACACUUCUAUAAACAACACUUCUACAAACAAGUUUGCCAUCUUUUAAUGACAUUGAUAAAAACUUGAUAUAUAAAGCUUGACAGAUCGAAAAUAUUUUUUGAUCAAUCAUUGUAAGCUUUGAUGUGACCCGAUUGAGCUGGUGUUGGUGUCAAAUUAAAGAUAGUGUUCUUAUCAAUACAUUGGAC